GAGAAAGUAUUUAAGAGGGAAUCCCUCCUCAGGGCCACCUCACCGUUGCCUUGUCUCAGCCCUUCCCACGGAUCCUGAUCCAUCCCCAAAUCCAGAGCCGCAAUGUCUAUGACUGAUGUGCUCGCUGCUGGUGACAUCUCAAAGGCUGUGACGGCCUUUGCAGCUCCUGAAUCAUUUAACCACAAGAAAUUCUUUGAGUUGUGUGGCCUAAAGGGUAAAAGCAAAGAUGACAUGAAAAAGGUUUUCCACAUCUUGGACCAGGACCGGAGUGGCUUCAUUGAGAAGGAUGAGCUUUGUCUUAUAUUGAAAGGCUUCACCCCACAAGGUAGAGAUCUGUCCGACAAGGAAACCACAAUCCUCCUCGCCGCCGGUGACAAAGAUGGAGAUGGCAAAAUCGGCGUGGAUGAGUUCGUAACCAUGGUUUCUGAAUCCUAAGCCGUUCAAGCACCAUUCUUAUUUGUGCACAGCGUUCCCCUCCUUGGACACCACUUUAUUUAUUGCUCCCGUUUUAUACUCCACCUCUGGUCCCUGCCUCCUGGAUCUCCGUGCUGGAACUAAGCAUAAAACAACGCAAUAAAGGGCAAAAACACCUUGGA